UCUGAUAGACAUGGCUCCACCUAAGGUAGUUCUUAACCCCGAAGACAGACUCUUUGAGGCUAAUCUCGUGCCUGCUGCAGUGGUUUACUUUGGUUGUAGUCAUGCUGUUCAAAGUUACCUACACCCUGAUGUGAAGGCUAAAGUGUCCUCACUAGCAGCAGCAAGACUGGCAGCUUUAAAAUACAGGAGGGCAACCAGGGGUCCACUCCUUGGUGAAGAAAAUGACUUCAGUUACACACCCGGUCAAGCCACUCCUCAAGUAGCCAUUGUUCAAGACGAAAGGAGGGUCGUGGCAUCAUCGCAUUCCCACAGUAGUGGACAUUUACCUAAAUGGCUUAAACUAGGCAACAAGUGAAAAAGAUCCAA